CAUUCCUAACCAAAUCUACAUAAUACAUACACGCGUGUAAUUUACAUACAUACAUAGAUACAUAUGUAAAUUAUCAAUUAUUUCUACGUCCAUACUUCAGAUAUUCAACUUUUAUUUAACCAUGCAGUCAGAAGAGGGGAAUGGAAACUUGUCCGUGAAUUAUUUAUGUAACCAACUAAUCAAUUGAUUAUUUUUCAUCACAUCACCGAUACAAUUAUGCGGCCCAUACUAAUAUUGCAAACUCCAACCUGUCCCGUUUGACGAAUAGUGUGCAAAUAUCUGGAUAUUUGCUAAAUAUGCAAAACUGACCAGAAAAGUACCUCUUAAAUUUUACCCCUGAGAGUUUUAAAGUACAAAAACAUGACGGAGCAGCCAAUGAUGGACCCGAUCCGAGUGGAGGAUCGGGCACUUAAGAAAAUCCUCCGCCCCACCGACUUCUCGAGAGAAGUCGCUAUUCCCCGCGCCCAUGUGAAACGGUUCCCCUCCAACGUUUCCUCCCUCGUACGAAGCGCUAGUGCCAGACACCCAACGAAAGGGCUGGACAGACAGCAAAACUACCUCGACAAACGCCUCAUCAUGUCCCCUGCCACCAACAAUGGCAACCAUCAGUUUAAAACGAUACCCAUCGACAUUGCCACCCUGCAGGAUAGCCCGACCCCAAAACUCCCCGUUAGUCGGGGGAUAGGACGCUCAUACUCGAAUCGGGUCACACCACAACAACAGCAAGUCAGAAGUCCAGCAUUUCGACGAACAACGCCGGCACGACCACCUUCCAGUGCAAAUGGUGGUGGUUCGUUCCUCUAUUCAGGAAAUUAUGAUCCUAACCACCCAAAUCAGCCCAUUAUUACGAAACCCGUCCCUUUGGCGAGAUCCAGCUCACUAAAUUACAAAAGUGCGCCUCCACCUCCUCGUCCCCAGCAGAACAAUAGUAGAAAACUGGGCAAUAAUGCAAAUAAUAAUGCCAAGAAUGUGGGAAAUCGAAAUAACCGAAAUCCUUUAGCAGUCGCUUCAACUUCCGCCAUGAUUAUGGAAGCCGAGGACGAAGUCGAUUUUGUUAAUGGGGAUGCAAACAAAUUCGAAAACUGGGCAAAUGAGAUGUUCACCGAUGACAAUAAUAAUAAUAACAGAAGGGGGGCAGCAAAAGUGGGAGUGGUUCCUGUUCCUGCUAAUAAAGCUGGACAAAAGGCCGGAAAACAAGCGUCCAACAAGGCGAGCGCAUCCCCCCAGCAAAACUGGGUCCUUGCCGGUGGACCAUCUACCUCGGCCGGAGGAGCAGCCGCCGCGGAGAAGAAACCUGGCAAGAAGGAGAUGCUCCAAGAAAUGGCCCUCGACGUGGCGAAGGAUCAAGCGAAGGAGGGUUUGGCCAACCUCGCGAUGGAGGGCGGACUUGACCCUGGUGCUCUGGGGGGAGACUUCAUCGCAGGAAUGGGGGGGAAACUGGGCAGCAAAGCAGGCGGCAAGCUGGGAGGAAAAAUUGGCAAGAAGCUAGGAAAUGAAGAAAUGGGGAACGAACUGGGUGAAGCAAUCGGCGACGAAUUGGGCGACAUGGCGGCCGAUAUGGCGAAAGAUGCCGCGUUGGAUGCCAUCGGUGACCUCGCUGCGGGCGAAGGAAUCGACAUCGCACCUCCCGAAAUACCAGACGCAGGUCAACUUUGCGCAAAAUGUGUAAUAGUGUAAAUAGAAUAUGUAUGUAGGAAUUUUAACAAAUAAUUUUAUUGGGAACGUAAAAUAUUUUCUAAAUAAAUUUCGGUUCCAUUGA